CAGCCGCCGACAUCUCGGAGCCAAUCACUGCUCCUGGCGGGUCCCGGGUUGUUGUUGUGCUGACCUGUCACUACUUCGGUACAAUAUUAGAACAUUAUAGAGUCCUAAGUAUGUCGUCGUUUGUGACUGAAGUGCUCGCCAGCUCUGGGAAACUGGAAAAAGAGGACCUGUCCAGUAAAAUCAGCAAAAUGUCUCGAAGAGUGGAGGAUGCGAAGGAGGAAGUUUGUGACAUGAUAAACAAGAAGUAUAGUGACUUCCUACCGAGUCUGCAAGGAUCUGAAGAGUUGAUGGUCCAGGUUGAUGAGGUCUCCAAAGAAAUUGAUGUCCUAAAAAACUGCAUUGAAACUGAGGUUCAGCAGAACAUCCACGUGGCUGUAGCUGAAUAUGCCAAACUGAAGCAGCAGCUGGAGAAAAAUACUGUCAUCAUUUCAAUGCUUGAACACCUGAAAGAGUAUCACAAUGCAAUGGAGGAUUUCAACAAAGCUUUACUGGACAAGAAGUAUGUAGAUGCAGCCAACCGGCUGGAAAAGGCGAGGGCCAGUGUGGAUUCACUGAAGGGCUGGAAGACGUCUCAGCUUCCACUGCUUAGUGCACUCAGCUCUGAGCUGACAGUGCAGAGAGAAAACUUAAUUUACCACCUGGGAGACGAAUGGAAGAGCCUCGUCAUCUGGAGAUUACCGUCCUCAAAGGAACCAGCAGGGCUGAAGUCUUUCCUGAAGGUGGAGCUGAUCCUGAGCUAUGCCUUCAGCAAGGACGGUGAACCAACACCACCUGCUCUGCUGCGCUGUGUCCUGCAGGCUCUGGCCAUCCAGGGUGACCUUCAGCACAAGAUCAAACUCUUCAGUCAGGUGCUGUUGAAGUCGAUGCUGAAGCCGUUGGUCAUGUACCCGUCACUGUCCGUGAGGGUAACAGAGCAGCAGGGCGAGGGUACCAUCCUGGCCUUACAGUGUUUGGAGGAGAGUCAAGAGGAGCGAUCCACCCCCUCACAGGUCUACAGCAAGCUUCUACUGGUGCUCAAGACCCUCAACUUACACCUACUAGAUGUGUCCAUUGGUGAUAAGAAACUCUCUGCCAUCUUGGGGGAGCUGAUCUGGGAGGAAAUUUCACAGUGCAUCAUCCACGAGUGUCUGCUCUACUCCAUCCCCACCAACAGCAGCCAGCUGGACAAAUACAACACUGUGAUCAAAGAAACGGAGGAGUUUGAGAAGUCUCUGAAGGAGCUGGAGUAUCUGCAGGGUGAUUCCACUGACCUGCUCAAAUACGCCAGGGAUGUGAACUGUCACUUUGCCAGCAAGAAAUGUAAGGACGUCAUCGUAGCAGCCCGCAAACUCAUGACGUCUAAGAUGCACAACACCGUCAAGAUCACACCAGACUACAAGCUGCGUUUCCCAAAGCUGCCUGCCCCCAGCUCAGAGGUGAAGGCGAAGAAAGACACCUCAAAACAGGAGACGACGAUGGAGAACUCGAAGCAGCUGUCUGCGUGGAGUCUGUGUCUGCCGGCCUGUCGCAUCAGUGAGUCAGUACAGCAGCUGAUGGAGCUGGCCCUCAACACGCUGUGUGAAGCUGUUGGAAGCUCCACACAAUGUGCUCUACAACUCUUCUUCACUGUGAGAAACAUCUUCCAGCUGUUCUACGAUGUCGUACCAACAUACCAUAAGGAGAACCUGCUGAAGUUCCCUCACCUUGCUGCCAUCCAGCACAACAACUGCAUGUACCUGGCCCACCACCUGCUCACCCUGGGCCACUACUUCAGAGCUCACCUGCCACAGCCGCUCAGCGAGGGCGUAGCAACUUUUGUGGACAUGGUGCCAGGAUUCAGGAAACUAGGUGCCCAGUGCUUCCUAGCACAGAUGAACGUCCAGAGAGCCGAGCUGUUGGAGAGACUUUCAACUGCUCACAACUUCUGCAACCUGGAUGAUGAAGACAACUACAUUGCAGCCAGCAAAGCAGUGAGACAGGUUAUCCAUCAGCUGAAGCAGUUGGGCACGGUGUGGCAGGAUGUCCUACCAGUCAGCAUCUACUGUAAAGCCAUGGGCAACCUCCUCAACACGGCCAUCACAGAAGUCAUCUCCAAAAUCAUGAACCUCGAGGAUAUUUCCUCUGAGGACGGGGAGCACCUCCACACUCUGUGUCAGACCAUCAUAGAGGAAGGUCCGCUGGUCUUCAUCCCUCUGGCCGAGGAGAACAAGAACAAGAAAUAUCAGGAGGAAGUGCCUCUCUAUGUGAAGAAAUGGGGCACGUUCAAGGAGCUGGUGAUAGUGCUGCGAGCCAGCCUACAGGAGAUAGUGGACAGGUGGGCGGACAGUAAAGGUCCACUGGCAUUGGAGUUCUCCAGUUCAGAGGUCAAGAACCUGAUCCGAGCCCUGUUUCAGAAUACAGAGAGGAGAGCUGUCGCUCUGACAAAGAUCAAGUAGAUGCCUGGAGUGAAUGAUCGAUGGGAACAUACUUUAGCACUUUUUCCUUCUGAGGAAAAUCUGACACAUGCCUUUAUUCAUUUCAGAUUUCUGUUUCACUAAAUGUGCACUCUGACAUGUUUGUAAGUUUGUCCCCAGCUCUGUCUGACGGGGAUGCUGCCACUGAGGGUGUAAGCUGCUUGUAAUCAAUCUGUGGGAAAUGUUCCUUCUCUGCAUUCAGACUGUGAUUAGUCCCACAGAGAGAUUACAUGAAGGCUUCUGUGCAUCCUGCAGCAGCAGCAGUCCCAUAGCUUUAAAGGUUUACCAGUACAAAGCCAGCGGAGGUUGUGUAACCAGAGACUCGCCAUCUGUUGACAUGUGAUGUUGUGUCCAGGGUUAACUUUGCUGAACAUUGUUAAUCAAACUUCAUCUCAGGCUUGUUUCAGCUUUUCUACUCUGUUGUUUUCUCUUGUUGGAUGUCUGAGCUUUAACACCUCGAACUGUCUCUGUUGUGUUCUGACUAAGACACCCUGUAAUAUACACCCUGCACCCUGUCUCCUGAACAUAAUAUUUAUAUACUUCUAAACUGGUCACAUAGUUCACAUCUAACAGCUGACUGGAUUAUGUUCAUCAGUGUGAUGAAUGAAACCCUUGUUUCUUUACAUUUAUAAACCAUGCUCAGUGAGUCGAUUGGGAGAUGUUGAAGUGAAGGAUGGUACCACCAGGUUUCAGGGUUCAUGUUUAGACUUUACUCCAACCAAACCUUUAGAUCACACUUCAGUCACUAAGAAGAUAAAGCUUUGUAUGGCUUUCUGGAAAAAUCUAUAUAAAAUGUUGUACGUCAACAUUUAUUGAUUCGAUCACUCAAGGUUUUCACGUUAUGUUAAUUAAAAACAUAAUUCAGUCUGAUUCUCUGUCAUCAGAAAACUAAUUCUGUGAAUGAGUUAUAAAAAUGUUACUUCAGGACACAGGGCUGUCUCUUUGUAAACAACUUCUUGUACAAACUUCAAACUGAGCUCUUCUAUAAUGUAUUUAUUUCCUCCUAAAAUAAACCACAAAGUGUACUUUUCAGGAGCUUUA